UGCGCACAAAGUCCCGCCGUUCUGCGGUGUUUGUUGCUGUGUGGAAGCGGGAAGGAGGAAUGAGGAGUCAGUAACGGACAGCAGCUCUGAAUUAAACCCGAAGGAUUACAGCAGGAGAGCAGCAUGCCGCGCGAGAUCAUCACCCUGCAGCUCGGGCAGUGCGGGAACCAGAUUGGAUUUGAGUUUUGGAAACAGCUGUGUGCCGAGCAUGGAAUCAGUCCAGAGGGUAUCGUGGAGGAGUUUGCAACUGAGGGCACGGACCGAAAAGAUGUCUUCUUCUACCAGGCGGACGAUGAGCACUACAUUCCUCGAGCCGUGUUGCUGGAUCUGGAGCCCAGAGUCAUCCACACCAUCCUAAACUCUCCCUACGCAAACCUGUACAACCCUGAGAACAUCUACCUGUCUGAGCAUGGAGGCGGGGCUGGAAACAACUGGGCCAGUGGCUUUUCUCAGGGCGAGAAAAUCCAUGAGGACAUCUUUGACAUCAUUGACAGGGAGGCAGAUGGCAGUGACAGUCUGGAGGGUUUCGUGCUGUGCCACUCCAUUGCUGGAGGAACUGGGUCUGGUCUGGGCUCGUACUUGUUGGAGAAGCUGAAUGAUCGGUAUCCUAAGAAGCUGGUUCAGACGUACUCUGUGUUUCCGAAUCAGGAUGAGAUGAGUGAUGUGGUGGUGCAGCCCUAUAACUCUCUGCUCACACUCAAGAGACUCACCCAGAAUGCUGACUGUGUGGUGGUGUUGGAUAACACAGCUCUGAACAGAAUAGCUACAGACAGACUGCACAUCCAGAACCCAUCCUUCUCCCAGAUCAACCAACUGGUCUCCACUAUUAUGUCUGCUAGCACAACAACUCUGCGCUAUCCUGGAUACAUGAACAACGAUCUGAUUGGACUGAUUGCGUCUCUCAUCCCCACUCCCCGCCUUCACUUCCUGAUGACUGGUUACACACCGCUGACCACUGACCAGUCGGUGGCGAGUGUGAGGAAGACUACAGUUCUGGAUGUGAUGAGGAGGCUCCUGCAGCCGAAGAACGUGAUGGUGUCUACAGGCCGAGACCGUCAGACCAACCACUGUUACAUUGCCAUCCUCAACAUCAUUCAAGGAGAAGUGGAUCCCACACAGGUCCAUAAGAGUCUUCAGAGGAUACGAGAGAGGAAGUUGGCUAAUUUUAUCCCAUGGGGUCCAGCCAGUAUCCAGGUGGCGCUCUCCCGCAAAUCCCCUUAUCUACCAUCCGCCCACCGUGUCAGUGGACUGAUGAUGGCCAAUCACACCAGCAUCUCUUCACUCUUUGAUCGGACGUGCCGUCAGUACGAUAAGCUGAGGAAGCGCGAGGCCUUCCUGGAGCAGUUCCGGAAGGAGGACAUAUUCAAGGACAACUUUGACGAGCUGGACAACUCGCGGGAGGUGGUGCAGCAGCUGAUCGAUGAGUACAGCGCUGCCACGCGGCCCGAUUACAUCUCCUGGGGCACGCAGGAGCAGUGAGCGCAUCCCCCUAUCUCCUAAACCAGCAUGUAGCGCUGACCAAGCCAGUGGGUCUGGACUUGUCUUGUAGAGCUGAGCUGUGUUUCUGUCUUCAGCAGCUUAUUACACGUGAAAUGGGGCGUUUAGAAACAUGCGCCUGUAAGACGCCCGUGCUCAGAGUGGGGACAGCGCUCUGUUUCUUUUUUGUGCAGUAUAUUAGAAAUGAAUGGACAGACUUGCUGUUCAGUACUGCUGUUCUAAGUGUGUGGACCUCUAGCAUAAUGUUAUGUAUAAUCCUUACAAAAUUGCAGACUGGUAUAUAAUAUAAUAGGGCUGCAUGAUCUAGACAAAAGCAACAUGUGAUUGUAUUGCUAUAUGGCUUAGAUUGUGAUACACUAAACUUUGUUUAGGCCAAUAAGGUUCAUGUUUGAAUGAAUCAAGGCACCCACAGGAACAUCUGUUUGGCUACGUUCAGACUGCAGAUUGGAUUUACAUGUCUGGACAUCACAAACAUAUCUGUUUGGGUUGCUGUGGUAACGUGGUCUAGUUCAGUAACUAACCUUUCACGCUCUUUGACUUCUAUCACUCUGGAUUUGAUGAGGUGUUUUUUUGUGUUAAAAAACUAUUUUGAUCCAAAUUUGAGUGUCCAAAGAGUACAGACUAUGACAACGCGUCUAUACAAUUCUUUAUGAUUGUAAUCAAACCACCUCCUGAAAACAGAUUUAAUUUGGUUGUUCACAUUGGCUGUUCAGAUUAUUAAAGACCAGUCUAUAUACAAUCUAGAUAUGGCAAUUUUUGCUUUUACCCAAAUCACAAUUUAAAAAUCAGUGAUUUGGUUUGAGGCUCAUUUAUGUUUUUGUAACCUUAUUCAAAUAAUAAUAAAAGCAAUAUAUUGUGCAGCCCUAUUAUAUGAGUGCUUUAUAACUUGUAUGUGCCUAAAUAUGCUUCUCAACAAAAGGUUUGAUGUAGUGAAAAAGCUCAUCAUUCUCUCACUUCUCUUGCAGUUUUCUAUUUCUCUUUCUCUCUUUCUCUUUUCUCACACUCUUUCUCUGACUAUAGCAAUGAUCAGAAAAUGGGGAAACCUGUUUCCAACACCUGGUUGAGAAACGUCAUAUUAUGAAGGUUUCUCCAUCACCUGGUUAAAAAGUCAUAAUCUGAGGAUUUCUCAAUCACCUGGUUGGGAAAUGUCAUAAUAUGAAGUUUUCUCAUUUACCUGGUUGAGAAACGCCAUAAUCUGAGGGUUUCUCUUCAUUAUGACACAGUGUC